GCUAACCCAUUUGGAGUUGUAGAGUCACCACUACUACAUCGUCAUUUUCGUUAUUGAUGGGUUCAGGUGUGUAAACAGGCAGGGAAGGGCAGCUGUCUCUUGGAAUUACUAAAGAGUUGAAGACCCUAUCUUAACAAUCUGAAUUGCUCCCCCUUAGAUCAUAGGGGGCACUCUGGGCCAGAAACUGGGCACGCCGUUGGUCGUAGACAAAAAAAAUGUGUGCAGACCUAGAAGUAAGCUAUUACAGUAUCUAUCUACAGAUAGAAAAACAAAUAAAUCAGCUAUUUUGUCAGCUAUGAUGUAUCAUGUCAGUUUGACAUACGGAAUAUUUUGUAUGAUGUGUGUUUUUGUAUGUAAGCAUUUUAUUUUACUGGAUAUAUUAUUUUUUGAGAAGGAAUUAUGGGGUCACAAGGUGGGGAACAUGUUUUUCGAUGCCCGUGUUUCGAAGAACACAUGGAUUAUCAAAAAGUCGUGGACCUGAGUGAUGCAGGCUUAAUCAUUUAUCGACGAACGUCUCGAACAGAUCAUGUCAAUCCGAGACAAUAUAUCGCCCAAUCUGCAACAAGCACUUCUGAAGACAUAUUUAUACUUCAUAACACAAAAGACGCUGAAAUACUUUCGGCAGAUAUAAUGCCAACUUUCGAUGAAAACAAAAUAAGCUGUCCACGCUGCAGGCAUAUUAUUGAGAAUGCCAAAAGACUAUUGAAAAGUAUACCUAUCAUAAACAGAAAUGAUAUAAUGGGAAUAUGUGACCACUGUCGAAGGAAAGCCACUCGCAGUCCGUGCCAGGAAUGUGAUGAAGUAGUAAAGAAGUUCGUAACUGGUAGGGAUGAUACAAAAAAAGCUAAGAGCCAUAUUACAAAGUGGCUUUCUAAAAUUCAUCGCCUGUUGAAAGAUGUAGUUAUUACCGAAAAGUCUGCAGUCUUUAAAAAAGGCCGAACAUAUUCGGACAUCGACAUUCAAAAUUUACAUCACAAUUCCCCAAUAUCUUUACGAGAACCAGAAGUUGGUGAUCUGUUUUAUUCAGAAACUUUAAGAACAGGAUCCACGAGAACUCUGUCAGAUCGCUCGUACCAUUCACAUCCGAAUUAUCCUAAAGUAAAAAAACAUGCAACAUUCGCAGAAUUUUCAGAACAAGACUAUUUUGGUCCCGAUAAAAAAAGACAUUAUUAUAUUUCAAGGUCUCAUCAGGACCUCACGUACAUACCGGAUGAGAGCGUAUCUUUUCUGGAAACUCUUCGUGAAGACUUUGAUACUGCUCGUGAAGGCUUAAAAACUGCUCGUGAAGACUUUAAAACUGCUCGCGAAGGCUUAAGAACUGCUCGCGAAGGCUUUGCUACCAGAAAAUCGAUAACAGAUCAGUCUUUAAAGAAACUUUCUAUGACACCAACUGGCAAAUAUAAAUUAGAUGACCCUUUCCAAUCAAUGUCAGAUAGUUCUUUGAAAAAACCUUAUAAAAUAUUGGAAAGGAAGUCUGCAAGAUAUAAAUCCGAAGAUGUUCUUAAAUCUUCAACUGACCUGUCUUCAAAAGAACUUACUGGUAUUUCGCCUGGAAAAUACAAAUCUGAUAAUGCUCUUCUGCGGUCCAUACCGGGUUUUGCAGAUGAUGACUAUGUAAAGGAGGGCUUUGGUUAUUUAUUUCUUAAAGAGAAAGCUGAAGAUAUACGACCUCCUAAGAAACGUAUUAGUUCCUCAGAGUUAAUAAAAAAUACCCAAGACAUGUUGCAAGCUCGAGCUGAAGAAGAGCAAAUGAAACAGGAAGAAGAACGUCGAAAAAAGCAGGAGGAACAAGAGAGAAGAAGAAAGGCCCGCGAAGAAAAGCGGAUCCAAGCUGAAACAGCAAGACUCUCGCGCGAAGCAGAAGAAAAGAGACUGGCUGAAGAGGAAGCGAAAAGACUUGCAGAAGAAAAAAAGAGAUUAGAUGAAGAAGAAAAAAUUAGGUUAGCUGAAGAAGAAAAAAAUCGGCUAGAAGAAGAGAAAGCCAAAAAGCUUGCAGAAGAAGAAGCAAAAAAACGUGCUAAAGAAGAACGUGACAAGUCAACGAAACAAGAACAUAAGAAGUCGGCGAAAGACGAACAAAAAAAAUCGGGUAAAGAAGAACACAAGAAAAUUCCUGAAAAACCCAAAGAAAAGCCCGAUUCAGUACAAAAGAAACCAGUUUCAGAAACUGCGAGUAAAGUUAAAGAAAUUCCACCAGAGAAAAAGACUACACCGAUAGAAACUAAAAAAAAAGACGAAGAAAAACCAAAACCAAUAAAAGAACCUUCGCCUGAGAAACCAAAAGAAAAACCACCGAAAGAAGAAAAACCACCCAAAGUGAAAGAAGAAGUAGAAAAACCCAAGAAAGAGAAACCAGAGCCAAUAGUUAAAGAAAAAGAACCUAAAAAGGAAAAAGAAAUUAAAGAAAAAGAUAAAACGGAAGAUAAAAAUAAGAAAGAGCCUAAAAAGCCAGAAGUUAAGGAAGAAGUCAAAGAACCUAAAGAACCGGCAAAACCUAAAGCUGAUGCUGCCCCAGUUGAUGAUUUUAGGAAAUUAUUAGCGGAACAGGCUAAAGAAAGAGAAGAAUUGCAGAAACAAAGGAAGCAGCAAAAAGAAGAGGAAGAGAGAAGAGCUAAAGAAGCAGCAGAAAAGAUAGCACAAGAAAACGCCCAAAUGAAAGCAAAUGCCGCGGCGGCAAAAUUAAAAGCCCAAAAGAAACAACAAUCAGAACCAGAGCCUGCUAAACCUGAGAAAAGGCAAGAAAAACCCACAACUAAGGAAUUAAAUAUAAAACAAAUAAAGGUCAGAAAUAAAUCGGGGGACGACUUAAUUUUACAGUUAGUCAAAUUAAAACAGAAUACCCAAGGCGAAAGACAAAGACUUCUUAAGAAAGAGUUAGAUGUUACUCGUUUGCUUUAUCGUCACAAGGGUCAUAAUAAAGCUAAAGAUAAAAAUUGCUUAGUAUGUAGAGACUCUGAUAUUGAAUUAGACCUCGAGAGCAUAGCCAAUAAACGGCAAGAUGACGACAAAAUGGCAGAUAUUAUUAUAGGACAGAAAAUAUUUAAAUACAAGCCUCCUUUGACUGAAAAACAUCUGGAAGAAGAAGUGGCGCCCUUAUUAUUUAAAACAAGUGUUAAAGAAGAAAUUGCGAGUGUACCUGAAAAAGCCGAGCCGGAACCGGUUAAAGUGGUACCCGAUGAAAUUGAAGUACCCAUCCCAAAGAAGCCUGUAGCACCUACAAAGGGGAGUAAAGGGGUUGAGCAAGAGGUUCCUAAAGGUAUUAUUCGCUACGCUUUAUCUGAUCGGUCAUUUAUAGAUAAAGGCUGGACAAUGCUUCCCACAGAGAAAGUGGUGCGCAAGAUGAACGUGUAUCGCAUGCGGCCUGCACAACCAGAGUUCGACUGGUUUGAACAUAACAAAAAUAAGCGAUUAAUGUUUUAUGACACUGGCGAGAAACUAGCAGAGUUUGAUGAUAACGGACGCGGACGCUGGUAUUAUAAAAACGGUAGACUGGCACUGGACUAUUAUGACGCUGAAGAAACAAACGCACAGCAAAGAUAUGUGGUGUACAGCAGUGGAGAGCCCGACGAGCGCGGCCGUUCCCGACCUAUCACCAUCCUUGCAACCUUCGACUACCUCGGCAAUGGCGUAGUCUUCGAUCAUAGUGGGAAAAUUAGGUUGAAAUAUAACCAAACAGAAGGAGUGGUGUUAGAUCGAGCGAUAGGUCCCGUUUCGCACUGGAAAUGGCACACGUUAAACGAUCCACCGGUCCUGCAGCAAGUCAUGAUCGACACGCAAAUGUCGCACAAGGACCCCGACAUAGUCAAGCUCGGCGGGCCGGGAGACAACAAGGCCCGCCCCGACAACGAGGAGAUGCUGGCGAUCGAGUUCGACAACUUCAUAAAGGAAAAAAGCAAGAAAUUAACCCAAAAGUUCAAGCCGUUCCAGAUAAAAAUGAAGGCUCUCAAGAUAAACGAGAGCUUCUCGCUGAAGGUGUUGGACCAAGCGACCGUGUACUUGAUAUUCAGGGACGGGUCGGCGAAUCUGAAGUUGAACAUCGGGAUGAUAUUGGACCACAAGGAGAUCGUGGACACGGACACGGCCGAGGUGGGGGAGGUGUCGAACAGUUUGGAGCGGUUGCCGGCGCGGACGGAGAGCAUCGCGGGUCUGCAGGCGAGCGUGGCGCACGCGCAGCGCGUGGAGCGGGCGCGGGUGGAGCGCGCGCGGCGACUGCGGCCGGCCGAGCCGUGCGGCAGCGCGGACCGCCUCGUGGCCGCCGCCUCCAAGCCCCUCCGCCCCCCCUUCCGCACCGCGCCCUCCGCGUCGGCCACGUCGGUCACGGCUAGCGAUUAUGCUUGUAAAUGUAGAAAACCGUCCUCUAGUAAUUUGUAUUACGAUACUCGUCUUAUAUGAUUUGUAGAUUUAUAUUUUAAUACUCGUAUUAAAGUUAUUAUAUAAAUUCA